GGCUGUCAGCGCCAUUCCCAUACAUGGACUGUGUUUUCUCGUGUUGUCAAAAGCGGUCCGUGUUUUGAUAACGCUCUGAUAACGAUCCGCAUUAUCGAUAUUUUCCCCGUUCCUCUCUAUCUCGGUGAAAGUGGUGCAUUUCGUACGGAAAGAUGGCCUGCUCGAAAGCCCUUCAGCGCAGCUCAGCUGUUUUGUUGCGAAAUGUUAUGCCUGCCCAAGGUCAGCUGGCAGUGCGGGCCAGCUCCUGGUGGAGCGGUGUGCAGAUGGGACCACCGGACGUUAUCCUGGGCGUAACGGAAGCCUUCAAGCGUGAUACCAACCCGAAAAAGAUCAACCUUGGCGUCGGUGCGUACCGUGACGACAAUGGAAAACCAUUCGUGCUGCCGAGUGUGAAAAAGGCCGAGAAACGGCUAGCAGACAAGCAGCUCGAUCACGAAUACUCACCAAUUGGUGGUACGGCCGAAUUUUGCAAAAGUAGCAUCUUGCUUGCCCUGGGCGACUCAAACGAACAUGUGGCAAAUGGGCUGAAUGCAACGGUGCAAGCCAUCAGUGGUACCGGAGCACUUCGUGUCGGUGGUGCUUUUCUGUCCACUUUCUUCCCCGGACCGAAGGAUAUCUACCUGCCGACACCGUCGUGGGGUAAUCAUGGACCGAUCUUCCGACAUUCGGGACUGAAUGUGAAAUCGUACCGCUAUUACGAUCCCUCGACCUGCGGGUUUGACUUCGCUGGAGCGCUGGAAGAUCUAUCGAAAAUUCCGGAAAAAUCGAUAGUACUAUUGCAUGCCUGCGCACACAACCCAACGGGCGUCGAUCCAAAACCGGAACAGUGGGCAGAAAUGUCGACGAUCAUUAAGAAGCGCAAUCUGUUCCCCUUCUUCGAUAUGGCUUACCAAGGCUUUGCCAGCGGUGACGUCGAUAAGGAUGCGCUGGCAGUGCGUGCUUUCCUGCGUGACGGUCACCAAAUCGCACUGGCACAAAGCUUCGCCAAGAACAUGGGUCUGUACGGUGAACGUGCGGGAGCAUUUUCAUUGAUUACGGGAAGCAAGGAUGAGGCGGAUCGUACAAUGUCCCAGAUUAAGAUCAUUAUUCGUCCGAUGUACUCAAAUCCACCAAUUAACGGUGCACGCCUUGUGUCGGAAAUUCUCGGCGAUCAGCAAUUGCGCCAAGAGUGGCUCGGCGAUGUGAAGCUGAUGGCCGAUCGUAUCAUUUCGGUACGUUCCACUUUGCGCAACAAUCUGAAAGAAUUGGGCUCAUCGCGCAACUGGUCUCACAUUACCGACCAAAUCGGCAUGUUCUGUUUCACCGGUAUGAAUCAGCAACAGUGCGAACGUUUAACGAAAGAGUUUAGCGUUUAUCUGACGAAGGAUGGCCGCAUUUCAAUGGCCGGUGUUACUUCGAAGAAUGUGGCAUAUCUGGCCGAGGCCAUCCAUGCCGUUACAAAGUAGACGGUGCGAUAGUUAGAACCCAAAACUACCGACGAUCAACACAUUUUUUUUGACGCAGAGCGAAAUUGAAUGCAUUUAGAAUGCAUUUUCAUCAUUAAUGAUCUACAGUGCUUUAAACCCGGAAAAAAUACUGGAACCAACCAAGGAAUGAAGAAUCCCCGCAAUAUAUAGUACACAUUUCACACUGCACACGUCGAAUGUGUGAACGUAUUUAGGAAAAGCAUUUUUGUAACUUCCCUCUUCUCUAGUAUAGAUCACUUUAGUGGCUUAAUUUAUGCGACGCGUAUUAAUACGCGUUCAGAGAUUGUGUAUACGGACGGUUUUGCGCCAGCAAAAAAAAAAACGAAAAAAUGAAAUUAGAAACUACAUCGAGCUUUUGGUUCAUAUCAAUGAAAUUGAUGGUUGGCAAAAGUGAUUUUUUUGUUGUUACAUUUUGGUUUAGUAGCAUGUAGCUUUGGAGAACGUUUUUCUAUGCCUAUUUUUUAUUCUAUACGCAACAUGCACUUGCCUUGUUCUUUUUUAUGCACGCAUGUUAAAACCAACACAGCUGGUGAAGAUACAAAACACAAAUUCAGUAGAGGAAUUAUGUAAAGGAGUGAUUAAACUAGACUGUAUUUAAACCAAAAUAGAUGACUGCUGGUAGCAUUACGUCUAACGCAUCACUGCCUUAAAGCAAA